AUGUCUCUGGAUAUGCCACUGCCAUGCGCAACCGUUCGAACAUCCUCGGGCCCGAGCAACCUCAGCAGCGUUGAGGCGAUGCUGCAGGAGAUUUCGACCUCAGAUUGCUGCCCCCUGCACAUCUGCGGCUACUUUCCGCUCCACAUUACCCGCAGAUUCCAAUAUCUCAAGGUUGCGACUCGUGGAAUAUUGACUGUGACUGGAGGAGCCCCUAGCAUGGAAUCCCCUUCACUUGACUUCUACAGAAAGCAAGAUUUGCGCGGGGAGAAGGGUAGACGAAACAGAUCCACGGAUGAGCACAAGUCGGCAAGAUUGCCCCUGCCAUUUUCUGGGUACCAGAUCCUCCACGACGCCAUAAGUACCCACCGGCCCACGCCUACGCGCAAGAAGGGCCGCGAGGAGCCCGAUGGACAGGUAUCGGUUUUGGCCUUGAUCAUGGGAAUCGGGUGUCGUGCAACAGAAGAGGUCGGCGACGUUGAGCCCUGCUGGUCACGAAGCACACGUAUUGUAGCACGCUCACAUCCUGUUCUUCGCGACUCCACCGACUGUGCGCCGCCUCACGACUGGGGUCAGCGAAGCAGUUCACUUCUGUGCAAGUCUCGCGACAGCUGGGCAAAGCCAAACAUGACUCCGUGUCCAUACAGCAUUCUGGUCUUCGAACGGAAAAACUUCGCCGCGCGCCGCAACAUUUGA